AUGAAAUUCCUGAGACGACUUAGACAUAAACUAGCCUAUUGGUUUCUAGCGACAUUAUUUGCAUUAGCUAUAAUACAACUUCUACUGUAUGAUGAUUCAAGUAUAUUUAAUCGAUUAAUGUUAUUUAAUUAUUCAACAUCCAAGAAGAAUCAAAUAUUUAAAAAUCAAUUAAUAUUCCCCAAAAAUUUAGAAAUAGAAGAAGACAUCAAGACAUUUGUAAGCAGUAAUCCACAAUUCUUUAAUAAGAAAUUAUUAAAUUAUCCAAAAUUCAUUCAAGCUAGUGAAAUUAAUGAAACUUCUUCACAAAUUCAUUCAAAUUAUUCACCUUAUAAUUUCACAAUAUUUACUUCAGGAAAUAAUAUUCAUAUGGAUUUAAAUCAAUGUGAUUCCAAAUUAAAAUCAACCAGUAAUAUACAAAUAGAUCAAGCAAUCCCUUUGGAUGUUUCAUUACCAGAUAUAUUAACCAACUUACUCCAAGAAAUGGAAUCAGGAACUAGUCAAUAUUUAAAUGAAUUAGCUCCAUUCGUAUUACCCGAAUUAAGACUUCAAUUGAAAUUAAAUGUAGUUGAUCGAUUUUGGUAUAGAUUAGCCGGAAGUUCAGUUUGGUUAGAACAAUAUGGGGUUCAUUUCAUGAUUUCAAGAAUACUUUAUAGUCCCAAAGGUGCCAGAAAUCAACCAAUAAUUUCAUUAACUUAUGCACAAAUAUUUGAUAAAGAUUGGAAUGAAUUAAUAAAUACAAAAUUAUUAGUCCCCACCAAUAAUUUAAAAAAGGAUAAAUCAAAACUAAAAGAAUCGGAACAGCCUCAAAAAUUUAAAAUUUUGAAUUUUCCUUAUUUUUUACCGAUUCCUUUUUGGCAUGAUUAUGAUGAUACUUCAGGUAAAUAUUAUGGACCAGAAGAUCCAAGAUUAAUCCUCGUGAAAAAUAAACGAGGUUAUGAAGAACCAUUAGUGGUUUUCAAUGCCUAUCAUAGAAAACUUGUUGAUUUUGAUGAUGAUGAUGAUACUCGAAUAGUAAUGAAACCUGAUUUUUAUCGUUCAAUGUUUUUAUGUUGGCCAUGGCAAUUUCAAAGAGGGAAAGAAAAUGUAGAAGCAAUUAGAAAUCCUGAUUAUGAUACUCAUUUAUAUAAUCGAAUAGUUGAAUUACAAAUUAAAAACCUACCUCGAAUGAAAACUCAAAAAAAUUGGACUCCUUUCAUAAGUCAAGUAGAUCGGAUUCAUGAUGGGUAUGAUAAACGGAUUCAAUUUAUUUAUAGAUGGGCCAAUCUUGAUGUGCUUAAAUGUGAUUUAGAUGGGAAAAAUGCGGGUGUUUGUGGAUUAUCAUAUCGAUUGAAUGAAAACCUUGCCCCCAAGAAUGAGAUUGGCCCCUUGAGAGGUGGAACUCAAUUAAUCAAUAUAAAUCAAUUAUUACAAACUGCCAAUAUCCCAAUUAAAAAAUUCAUCGUACCUAAUCGAGAGAUUUGGGUGGGGUUCGCAAGAGCACAUCUUGAUGAUUGUGGAUGUGGGAAAGUCUUGUAUAGACCAAAUAUGGUUAUAAUUGUUAAAGAUAAAAUUAAAAUGGGUAAAUCGGGUGAAAGUUUAUUUGGAGCCAAAGACAACUCUAAGAUAAUAUAUCGUGAUUUAUACAAAGUAAGUCAUAUUUCAUCCUCACUUUCAUUCGAUAUCCCAAUCUUGGGAUGGGAUUUAUUAAACCCAAGUGAUUUAUGUGGACAUGUAAAUGUCCUAAUCCCGAAUGGUAUUUCAUCCUGGACAAUACAAUCACUUGAAAAAAAUAAAGACACCUGGAAAUCAGACGAUUAUCUAACAUUAUCAUUAUCAAUGAGUGACGCAACCGUUCACAAAAUAAACAUCAAAGGAUUAUUUCAAUCAAUAAUUGAUCUACCGGAUAAAUCCCUCUUCUUAGAACCAGACUACAAACCCCCUUCUCAACAACAAUCUCAAAUCUCGAAAGAAAUCAAGAAAAAACUUCAAAUCCCCGAAUCGGCCGCCAUUAAAGCAUUCCAACAACAGCAACAAGCACAACAAAAACAGGGUAGUGAGGAUGAUAAUGAAAUCUCCCUACCGGGGUUCAAUAAUGAUAAUGUCGUCUGCGCCCUUCAGAGUUCGGUUCAGUUUUGUGCCGCAUAUGGGAAAGAAGCGGCAUUGGCCAAGGAGCAAAAGAAGAAAACGUAUGGAAAUGUUGCGUUUGCCCAUGAUCAUGAUGAUUAUGAUGACUUGGGAGAGGGGGACCUGAAUGAGUUCGUGGGUGAUUUUGAGAGGGAGAGAUAUUUUCAAAUUUUGAAUUAUUUGGAAAAUGAUUUUGAUAUGAUGAAGUCGGAUGUUAGGAGGAAGAUGAAGUCGAUGAAAUGGUUUUGA